CUACAACGCCCUGCUCUGAAAUAAUGUUGUCUACAACGCCGUGCUAAGAAAAAAAUGAAUUACUCACCUCAAUCUGCUACCUUGAUCAUACGUGGCCGACAAAAAAAGGAGAAUACACAAAGUUAAGCUGAUAGCACAAAGACAACAACUAAAUGACCAAGUUAUUUUUAAUAAUUUAAAUAAUACACGCGAACAUGUGAUAGUAUGGUUAUAUGUGUAAAUAAAAAUAAAGAAAUUCCUCCUUGAUAACAAGCCCGUGUAAUAAAAAUUUUGGCACGGCUAGAAUUCUUUAAUUUUUACCACAUCUUUGAAUUUUUGCUGUGAAUUUAAAAUUGUUGGAGGAAUUUUAAAAUAAACUUUCAUUUGCUUCGUUCUUUGUGCCGUAUAUUUGACGCUGGCAACAGAUAAAGUUGACUUAAACAGGUAGAUAGAAUAUUUUUAUGAGUACUGUGCUUUUUAGUGGCUGUCUAACCAAAGUAUUUCAGUCAUUGUCUCAACCCGUCCAUCAGUAUUAACAUUCAAAGUCGCACGAAAUACAACGCAGAGAUUGACCAACAAUUUUGUUGUUGUGAGAUGAAUUAAAAAGUCUGGAAACGAAUUGUAACGCUCCUAGACAGCUGCCAAUCUUCGCAUAUGAUUAAAAUAUAAAACAGUCGUCGCUAUAUAUAUUCAAAAAUAUCGACUCAGUUUUAUUACCUCCAGUAUGAUUUGCAACAUGUUGCAGAAAACAGUAGCAAAAGAUGAAACAGAUCAAAAUCUAAAAUAACAAAACAACAAGUUUGAUCCGACCAAAUAGAGACUCUUUUAUAUCAAGCAAAGAUUCGACUUUCUUUAUUCAUGGAUUCAUCUUCACCAUACAGUUAUGACGACGGGCAAGAAUACGAACCGCUGUUUUACGAUGGCGGCUACGAUUCCUCCUCUGUCAGCCGAUGUAACUUUGACGGAAUAUCAGAAAUAUCUGACGAAUGUUACAGCAUAUACGAACAAAGUUUAAGCGAUUCGUAUUUUGACGAUUACGACGAUGAACUUUCGUCGAAUUUCUCAUGCUUCGAAACAGAUUCGUCGCUCUACGAUUAUCAGAGCGAAACAACGACAACUUCUGGAAGCACUCCUGAACGCUCCAUGAAAUCUCGUUUUAAAGAUACCGAUGAUAAACCCGUUUUAAACGGAAUUUUAAAACGCACAAAUAAUAGCAAUACGUACAACGAAAGUAUAAGUACUCCUAUCACGCAGGCUACAAUUGACAAAAUUCGGGAAUCUGAAUUCGAGGAUAUUUUACAAUACGCUCGAGACAUUGUGAACCCAGACCCUGCGGCAAAAUUAACAUUUAGUUCCCAGCCCGCAAAAGUUGUUCAAGGUUCAUUUCGUCACUUACUAUCUGUAAAAGAAAUAAACUCGAACAACGGAGCGUUUAAGUACAGGACGGUCGAGAUCACAAGAAAUGGUGAGGAAGACUUAGGGAUUAGCAUAAGAAAAGGAGACGGUUGGGAAAAAAAGGAUGGUAUAUAUAUUUCACGUGUUGCCUUAGGUAGUAUAUUUGACCAGUAUGAAAUUUUAACAGUCGGCGAUGAAGUGAUAAAAAUUAAUAAGGUCGACGUGAAAAAGAUGAAAGUAGAUGACGUCAUUAGAUUAAUGCAUAUACCCGAUAAACUGUCAGUGACGAUAAAACUGCUCACGCCAUUUUCAAGAAAACGGGUUGAAAAAAGUGGAAUUAAUAAAUUCAGGUUAGAACAGAAAAAAUUUGUAGGUGGCGGAAGUAUGGACGACACGAAUAGAUUUGCACACCUUAGAAUUAAAAGUAAUGGUAGAAAAACUUUCGAGAAACCAAAGAGAACAAUACUCGUUAGAAAUAAAACCACACAACAAAAAGAACAAAAACAAAGCAAAAUUUCGCCCUAUAGAACAAUGGAAGGUGGAAAAAUUGUCCCAACGGCGAAAAAUGCUUUAUCACCUAUACGAGAAUGUCAUUCAGAAAGUAAUUUGAGUCAAAAUAACAGGCCUAGAAGGCAAUCUUAUGUGACAUGGUCAGAUCAACGUUGUAUAACAAGUGAACCCUUUUAAGAAAAAGUGAAAUAUAA